GAAAAGUCCUGAUUCAUAUUCAAAUGAAGCCAAGAAGAAGCUCUUUGCAUCCUGUCAUUGUCAAAGCCCCACUUCCUCGUCACCCCACAAUAUAACACCUAAACCAACAACCACGACAAUAGAUUAACAACCCUUUUAAGUAAUCUGCUUGAUAAUGACACAAUCAUAAUAAUAGCUCUACCAUCUCACCUUCCUCGUCUUCUUCCCCUGUGAUUUCUUCACUCGUCUCUCCAUUGAACAAACCCAACCCCAGUCUCUCAACUUCGAUUGUCAUGGACAGACUGGUGAAACCAGACGUGAAGGAGGUGGAACUGACAUUCAGGAGAGGCCAAAAGAGCACGGUAACAUUCCGUUUAACCAACCUCAUGCACACCAUGUCAGUAGGAGUCUCCUUGACCACCUCAAACCCAUCUUUCUUCUCUUUCAAUCAACCAUAUUCUAUAAUUCAGCCCCUCUCUACCUCGUCCUACACCCUCCUCCUCUCCAAGCCGUCCGAUAAACCCCCUAUUCGCACCACUGCCGACGUCAUUAACGUCCGAUCAUCCAUGCUUCCCACCGGCAAGGCUAAUCAGGACGAUCUUCGCCGCCUUUUCGCCAAGCCUGGGUCACACGUCUUCAGAGACGCUACCAUUCCCAUCACCUUCGUGGGCCCCCAUGUCGUCGACUAUCUCAUCUUCAAUAAUACACAGGUUCCAGAGCUUAAUUCCCUUUUUAGCAAAGCAAUCAGUGGUUGUACAGAAUCAGAACUCACGAACUCUCUACGAUCCGCUGUGGCAUCAGCUAAUGAAAAAUUGGUCGCUGUUUUGAUCGAGAACGGUGGAGAUGUGAAUAGCAAAGAUCUCGAUGGACGAUCCAUGAUCUCACUAGCAGUCAGGGCUGAAAGCAUCGACGUUGUUAGGGUUUUGGUCGCUUCUGGUUGCAUAAUUGACGAGACAAUUGAUAGAGUUCUACAGGAAGUAGCGGCGAUGAACAGAGUAGACCUGAUGGAGGUAUUAAUCACGAAUUACAAAAACAUCGAUGCAAACUCAGUAGAUUGGCACGGUAGAACACCGAUUCACGUGGCGGCGGGUUCCGGCCACGUCGAGAUGAUUCGAUACUGCGUCUCUAUUGGAGGAAACACCGACCUAUCGGAUUGCGACGGGUGGACCGCGCUUCACUUUGCUGCCGAGAAAGGGCACUUGGAGGCCACCGAGUGUUUGUUGAAAUGCUCCAGCUACGCAAAAUACGCAGUCAACAAAGAAGGAAAGACAGCUUUCAUGAUUGCAGUGGAAAACGGACACUCGAAUCUGUACGAUUUGCUGCAAUUAGGAGACGCUUUGCAUCGAGCAGCGAGAGUGGAUGACGUUCACGGAAUGAAGAGUUGCUUGAGCGAGGGAGCUAAGGUGAACGGAAGAGACCAGAAUGGGUGGACGCCUCUGCACAGAGCAGCGUUCAAGGGUCGGGUUGAGAGCGUGAAGAUCCUUCUCAGCCACGGCGCAGAGAUCGACGUUGUUGAUGAUGCAGGGUACACGCCGCUGCAUUGUGCGGUGGAGGCAGGGCAGGUGCAGGUAUCGCUGUUGUUGAUCGCUCAUGGAGCGAAAGCCAAUUUGAAGAGUCUAAAGGGUUUGGUUCCUCGUAAUUUGGAUUGCUUUCAAACUCCCGCUCCUUUUGCUCUCCCCUUGUGUCACGAGGAUCGUGCUUGAUUGCUGUUCAGUUUGUUCGAGAAUUUCAAUUCUGCGUGUAAAUACUGUUUAAACAGGUGAUUUUGGUGAACCCCGAGUAGCUCCGUUGACGAGUAUGAUCGUAUGUAAUCUCGAACCCCAAGUUCAAGCCCCAUCCCCUUCCCCGAUAAAAAAAAAUGUGAUUCUCAUUGGGAUGCCUAACAAUGGCAUCCAAAUCAAUUGGAGUGUACACUUUGAGAUAAAUUUUUCAGAUUUUCGACUCUUUUUUAAGUUAA